ACGAGACGCCUGCGUGUGCGCAUUCACUGUACUGCAGUCGUGUUUGAUUAUUGUGAUUCAUUGGUGUUGUGGUGAAAUUCUCUCGUGAUAUUUUGUGUUUCUUAACCUUAAUUUAACUGGAUUUGUCUUAUAAUAGCCGACGAAAUGCAGGUAGCUAGGCGAGACUGGUGUUGUGGAAGCAGCCUUCGAAUAAAAUGCUUUAUUAUUGGAUAUAUGAAUUUGAUCGCAAGCAUCGUGGACAUCGGAUGUCACCUCCUCGUAGUCGCCAUUGUUACCAAGGGUUUCCAAUGCGACGUUGACAAAGAUAGUCUCCGUCUAACAGACUGGCCAUGGCUUGAACCAGUGCUUCUGGUGCUCAAUCUAGGAACUCAUGGUUUCUAUCCCUUCCCGCUAAUACUGCGUUCAUACAGUGACCCUAAUAUUGACUACUUUCCGAUGCCUGGACAACCCCGGUGCUACCCUGGGAUGCUGCAUGUCUAUCUCAUUGAUAUUUUGAACUUUUUGAUCAACGCAAUAUGGUUCAGAUUCGUUCUGUCAUUCGUUGCUGCUGUGCAUAAGAAAGAUCCAGAACCCAUGCGAAUGUUCUACGGUCUAUCCGUCCUGAAGUUGGUUCUACAAAUGCUAUACAUAGCGUACCAACCCGACCGCGAUGACUUCACUGUGGAAGGCUACUGGUUCAUCAAACUGAUGGAUGUUUGCGUUGCAACUAUAUUCCUGUUUAUAAUCCACAAGUAUAUAAAACAAUUGAUGAUCGAAAGAGCGCAGCUUAUCAUGGAUCAGCCGCCAUCUUACGUCGAGUGUCUAAUUAAUGGAGGGAAACCACAGAUAGAAGAAAAGAAAGAAGCCAUAGUGACAGUAGAACAGGGCAAAGACAAUACAAAUGUUGCUACUACAUAAUUUUAGUCUAUGGGUGUAUUUUACGAAUUUAAAUUUUGAUUCCUAUUCUUUUUAUUUUUUUUAUUAUAUACCGUCUUGACAUGAAAAUUUGGAAAUUGUGUUGAAAUUUUCUUGUAAGUAAAUUAUAUUAUAUUUAUAGUCGAAACGGAUUAGUAUGGUAUAUUUUAAGUAUUUUUAGUUUUUAAUUGUUAAAACGAAGAUUUGUAAUCUCAAAUAAAUGGACACUUA